AUGAACGCGCACGCUGCAAACGAUUGCUCCCCAUUACCUCUUCCCGCCUCCCCGUUUCCCCUUCCCGCCUCCCCAAUUCCCCUUCCCGACACCCCAUUUCCUCUUCCCGCUCCCCAUUACCCCUUCGCGCCUCCUCGUUUCCCCUUCCCGCUCCCCAUUACCCCUUCCUGCCUCUGCAAUUCCCCUUCCCGCCACCCCAUUUCCUCUUCUCGCUCCCCAUUAUCCCUUCCCGCCUCCUCGUUUCCCCUUCCCGCUCCCCAUUACCCUUUCCCGCCUCCCCAAUUCCCCUUCCCGCUCCCCAUUACCCCUUCCCGCCUCCCCAAUUCCCCUUCCCGCUCCCCAUUACCCCUUCUCGCCUCCCCAAUUCCCCUUCCCGCUCCCCAUUACCCCUUCCCUCCUCCCCGUGACCCCUUCCCGCUUCCCCAUUACCCCUUCCCACUCCCCAUUUCCCCUUCCCGCCUCCCCAAUUCCCCUUCCCGCCUCCCCGCUUCCCCUUCCCACUCCCGAUUAUCCCUUCUCGCCUCCCUUCUCAAACUGCCGAACACACAUCACAGUCGCCGCCCGAUCGCACAGCCUCGCUACCACCCCCUCAUCCCCCCCUUUCUCCCUCUCAUCUCCCCCCCUGCUCCCUGUCAUGUCCCCACCUUCUCUCUCUCAUGUCACCCCCUUCUCCCGCUCAUUCCCCCCCAUUCUCCCUCUCAUUUCUUCCCCUUCCCCCUCUUAUAUCUCCCCCUACUCCCUCUCAUUCCCCCCAUGAAGCCCCUCAUUCCCCCCCUUUCUCCCUCUCAUCCUCCCCCCUGCUCACUGUUAUGUCCCCCCUUCUCUCGCUCAUUUAAAUGCCACAUAACCUCCCUCUCAUUUCCCCGCAUUCCCCCCCCCUUCCCCCUCUCGUUUCCCCCCAUCUCCCUCUCCUUUCCCCACGUGCUCCUUCUCAUUCCCCCCCCCUUCUCCAUCUCGUUUCCCCCCCGCUCAUUUCCCCCCAUCUCCUUUCAUUUUCCCCCCUUCUCCCUCUCAUAUGCUUCUAACCCCUACCCCAUACCCAUCCAUCCCCUGUCAUACCCUUCCAUUCCCUUCCAUACCCUUCCAUACCUUCCAUUCCCUUCCAUACCCUUCCAUUCCCUUCCAUACCCUUCCAUUCCCUUCCAUACCCUUCCAUUCCCUUCCAUACCCUUCCAUACCUACCAUUCCCUUCCAUACCCCAGCCAUACCCUUCCAUACCCUUCCAUUCCCUUCCAUAGACUUCCAUUCCCUUCCAUACACUUCCAUUCCCUGCCAUUCCCUUCCAUUCCCUGCAUUCGUGCACAGGCAUAUGACUAG